AUGCGUUGCCUGCCUUGCCUGCGUUGCCUCCUGGUGGUGCUGUUCACUUUCGCGUCUGUGGUGGUGAAGGAUCAAGAUGUGUGGCACUUUCUGGCUGAGCAGCCCCCAGGCUGUGCACAUGAGCAUCUGCCAGGAAAUCAGUCUGGCGUGAAAGUCAUCGUGGCUGGUCUUGCCAAAUGUGGCACUCGCACCAUCUGUCACGCGCUGAAUGAGAUCGGUUUCAACGCCCAACACAGCGAGGAUUUCCAUUUCUUGCCAUGGUGGGACUUUGUGAGCGAGGUGCGGGCGCAGAAGUCCAACUACUCCUCGAUGUCUGCAUCUGAGCUCGCCCAUGCUCUGAAGUCAGACAAACACUUGGCGGCGCAACUCAUGCACAAGAUUUCUAGCUGCCGGGUGGAUGCCAUUGCCUUCGAUGGCCUGGAGGUUUUGAUUCAUCCCAUUCUUGAAAGCAGCAGCGACGCGAAGGUGAUCUUGCUUAGCUGGCGGAGCUACAGCUCCUGGAAGGCAUCAGUGGACACGUUCAUUCCGAAGCUUGUGGUGAUGUGCUUUCACAACGUGUGGGCCGGAGCUUCCCUUAGCUCGCUGCCGUGGCUGUGGCUACUGCGGCCCCUGGAUAGAGUCUUGGGCCGUCCUAUCGAGCACGUCAUCCGCGAGGGCGGUCCGCCCAUAACGGAGGUCUCCGGCCCAAUGGUGUGGCUCUACCACCAGUCGAUGAACCACCGAAGGCAGUACGAGGCGUGGAAGCCGCCUUCCACGACGUGGGUGCCAGAAAAUGAGGAGGAGUACGACAACUUCUUGGCGAACGUCCGGCAAACUGUUCCUAAGGAGCGCUUGUUCGAGUGGGACCCACGCCGGAACAAGAUAGAAGAACUCUGCGAGUUCCUUGAUGUCCGCCCCUGCCCUAAGUCAGGGAAGCCGGGCAGAGCCAUCAAUACCUGGAUCUUUGAACGCGACUUUCCCGUCGCCAGCAUGGCAGUGCAAACUCUACGGCUUUUCUUACACUGGGUGAAUUGGAGACUCUGCUGCGCCGUUUUAGGCGCCCCACUUCGCUUCUGCAAAAGCCGGGCGGCGCACAAGAAGCCAGACUGA